CUGUGUUUAACAUAUGUAUUAUCUUAGAAACUAGAAUCGCAAUAACAAAGUACUAAUAAAAAAAGAUACUUAAUAACUCGCUAGGGUUUUUGAAGAAAGUGAGCUCGAUGGUAACGGAAGGAAGAAUCCGAGCAGAGAGCAAGCGAAUAUUGUCACGGGACUGGAGAAAUCUAAGGAAACGGUCGACCAUGAAAAUGUAGAAACCGGGAAAAGAGAUGAGCGAGUAAGAGAUGCCAAUAUGGAAGACGAUGUAAAGGUAAGUGCGUGUAGAAGAAGACUUCGAAGAAUCUCCUCCUUACAAGCCCGGCCACCAGAGAUAUCUCUCCGGCCAAGUUAGAUAUAUCUUUUGUAUCCCACGUGAGCAUCUGCAGUAGAUUUUCGAUAUUAUAAAUAUUCAUAUGAUUAUCUUGAACCUCAAUACGAAAUUUUUUCAGUUACAGAACCCCAUGAAAUGAAAUUGAAUUAUCACAUUAACUGGGAACAUAAGUCGUAUUCGUAUGUAUAUGAUUUCUACUAAAUGCGUGUUUCAAAGAAAGUGGCGUUUAUUACAUAGCUUCUUUAUCUUGGCUUUUUUUUUUUUUUGCUAAUUUUUUUCUUCGAAUUAUUGCCAUAUGAAGACCAAAAAUAUUAAAUUUAACCGCAUUUUAUUAUAUCAAUACUAAUAAAAUAAAAAAAAUUUUGAGGUCUUCUCCUGUAUCAACAAUCUUUACGAUUCCAUAUCACUGGAUUACUUUUAAACUAUGAUUUUGUUUAAAUGUUUUUAUUUUUUUUGGUAAAUAUCGCAGAUAACCAUCUCCUAAUUACGUGUAAUAUAUUUUCAUUUCUUUAGAUAAUUUACCAUGUGUAAAUUAAUUUAAAUAUAUCUUCCAUAUCGUGGCUAUACAAAUUAAUAUCCUUCUAUUUUAGAAGUAUUUACAACUAUGCCAUUUGAUAGUAUUAUUUACUGUAAUGUUUAAUUACAAAUAUGAAUUAUUUAUAUAUGAAUAUUAUAGAAGGUUAUUUCUUAUUUUCUAACUGUAAUUAAAUUUAAUAUUAUUUACGAUUUUUAUUAUUAAAAUAAUAUUAAACCAAUAAAUAUUUAUAUUUUAAAUAAAAAGAUAUUGUUAAAAUGUAAUCUUAGAAAAAAAAUAGUUAAGAAUAUCUUUUUGAUAUAUUGUUUUGAAAAUAUUUAAAUAUUGUGUUAAUAUAAUGUGUUUAUAUAAUAAUAAAUAAGUUUGUUGUAUUCAAAAUAAUAAAAUUAAAUAAAUGAAAUGGUCUAAUGUAGAUUACUUGUGAGUAGAUAAAUAUUGAUUAUGUUUUAUAGUAUUGAUAUACAUUUGUUGUUUAUGAAUUUGUGUAUAGUGAAGUUGUAGUGGUCGAGAUAUAUGAAAAGAAUUUAUAAUAAUGUUUUAUUUCUCGAUAUGAAAUUUUCAUGUUACUAUAUGUUAAUAAAAUAAUUAAACUAAAUUGGUUGUGCCUUAGAUUUAGGAAAUUAUUUGUCAACUAAAUUAAGAAAAAAACAAUUACUUAUAUUUUGGGCUUAGUUAUAACUUGAAUGACAUAUAUACGUAAAUAAGUUUUAAGUCUUAGGGUUAUAUCUAAAUUGUAGUUCUGUUUUAAUAUGAUUUCAAAAAGAUUAUGGAUCGGUGAUAGAGAUAUAAUCCGGAAAUUUAACAAAAAUAGAUUUUGAUCCGCCCUUAUAUUUUUUGUUUUACAUUUUUGUUGAAAUUUAAUUUUUAUAUUUGUGUUUUUAGUUAUAUAUAUGUUUUUCUUUGUAUGAUAUUUAUCUUAAAUGAUUAAUAAGAGGUUUUAAUCAAUACUAUUAAAAUAGUUGGACUACAUAUAUAUCAAUAGGUUAUGUUUCUGUUUUAAUAGUAUUGAUCUAUCAGAAAAUAAGUUUUUUUGCCUAUCUAAAAUUUGUUACAGAAAUCUAUCGGACUUUAUUUCUAUAUCUUUUUGAGUUUGUUUGGGAUAACCGGAGAAAUAUUAAUCUUCUAAUAUAUAUUUUUCAGAUGUCAAAAGUUUUAGGUCUGUACAAUUAUAAUACCAUCAGUCGCUAGAACCGGAGCCGGAGCACAGUCGGAUACCACCUUUGGCUUUGUGUCGUCAUGCUCGAGAAGUUUCAGACGGAGUCGAGAGAGGUUAAUUGAGCGCAUCAAUUCCCACAGCUUGAUCGAUUUGCAACAUACAAGACUGAAGGAUCGAAGCUUGAGGACGAGGACGUCAGAUCGAGAAGUUCUGGUAUACACAAACCGAUUAAUUCAGGAAACGUUCGGGUUGUGUGAGAUAUGAGUUUUUCCAUCCUUUGAGAUUUUGCAUGUUUGGUCCAUAAUCUUUGUGAUGCUUCGAUUUCGGCCCCAGAACUUUCAAAUAAACAGAUUUUUUUCAUUAAUUUUAACCAAAACCUUAAAAGAUGCUGAGAUUGCUUCUAAGGUUCUUACUUCUCUUAGUGGAAGUUAUUAUACAUUUAGCCGACCAUUGAUAAAAAAUCCAACUAACAAUUAUGAUAUCCGGUUCAUUGAUAUACACUACUCGACUUAUUAGAGUUUGAGUCUAUAGGGAUAAUCGACUACUUAUUGAAAAAUCCAACUAACGAUAAUAGUAUGCGGAUAAUUAUUUUAGUUAGCAAACCACUAACAUAAUAACCAGUUAACAUGUAAAAUAUCCGGGUAAGCUGAAAUAUAACCAUGCGAAUUCACGAAUGAAGAUGAAUAUAACCAGUUAAUAUAAAACAUAUGUUUUUUAGUCGGCUAAAUUAAUUUAUAGACUAGAAACAUAUUUGUUAGCUGUUUAAAAUAAUUUAAGAUUUCUGAUUACAAGGAGCAAAGAUAACAAUGUCAUUUUACCUUUUUAAUCUCCACUUAUUAAUGUUUUCCAGUUUUGCAAAUUUUCAAGUUAUUAACUAAUUUUCAUGUAAUUCACUCUAAAAAGAACCAUUUAUAUAAUAUAUAGAUUAAUAUAAGAAUAUAUGUUCAAAUGUUGAAAAGUAUAAAAUGUAUAGCACCAUAUAUUUUAAAUAUUAUAUAAAAUAAUUUUAUUAUACAUUAUCAUAAAAUUUUGAUUCAUAAAAAUAUAUUUUACAAAUAUACGGAUCAUAUUCUAAAAAUAGGAAUGAUACAAUUGAUGCGCUACAAGAUAAAAUAAAAUUAUUCAUAUAAACUAUUAAAUUAUUGUGUUUAAAAAUAUCAUAUUAAACAAUUACUUAAACGAGUAAAUUUUAAAAUAUAUAUUAUCACUUAUACAAAUAAAUAUUUAUUUAUAAUAAAGUAAAAACAAACACGAGUGCGGGUGUACUUCUCUGAUGUUUAGUUUGUUUAUAUGACAUCAAUAAAUUGUUAACAGCCACUAAAAAUAAUUCAAUGUAAUACGACUAACUUUGGCAGAUGCAUCAUGAAAAAUAAAAAUAAAAAUAAAACCCGGAUGCAUCAUGAGUUCAUGACAUCAUUUUUUAGUGGUAUCCGUUCUUCUAGUUUUAGGUUGACCGUAUUACUCUACCUAGUGCUUUCAUAUUCGUUUCACAUUGUGUAGUUUAAGUAAUUUUUCAUUGGAAAUCAAUAUAUUUUUAACUGAUAUAAAGCCUUUAUAAAAAAUAAAAUAUAAAGCCUAUGGCAGUAUAAGAAUACAGUAUGUUAAAUUCAAGAUGGUGCUCGUAUCUUAAGCCUAUCUUUGAAACGAACCUUAAAACAAUGUAAAAGAAAGGUGCUUGUAAAGGAAAGAGAAGAGUAUAAAAAAAUAGAUUAGAAUGUGACAUCCCUUAAGCUUUAACAAAUGAGUUUUGUCGUGACAUUCUAAUUUUUACAGGAAGGAAGAUGAAGAAUAUCAACAAUGGCUUCUUCCCCUGCAUGCUCUUUCUUCUCAUGUGUCUUGUGUAUUCGGGAAUUGCUAUUGAUCCUUUCUCCCGUAGUCACUCUCUCAAAACAGAGUGUAUAAUGAAGCCUCCACGAAGAAUUGCGGAACAAGAAUUAAUACUACUUAGCCGCUCUGAUGAAGAUGACUCUGGUCAAGAGUGGGAGAAUGGGGCUAUUAGAGAAAUGGCACAGAGAAUUCAGCUUCAGCGAGGAAUCAUUUACAGCUUCUCCGCUUGGGUAAAGUUGAGAGGAGGAAACGACAAGAAAGUAGGAGUUGUGUUCAGGUCAGAAAAUGGAAGACUUGUUCAUGGAGGUGAAGUUAGGGCAAAGCAAGGAUGUUGGUCUUUGCUUAAAGGUGGGAUUGUACCUAAUGUUUCAGGCCCUGUAGAUAUAUUCUUCGAGAGUGAAGACAGAGAAGCAAAGAUCUCUGCAAAAAAUCUGUCACUAAAACAGUUUAGUAAAAAAGUAUGGAAACUGAAACAAGAUCAACUUAUUGAAAAGAUAAGGAAGAACAAAGUGAGAUUUGAAGUUAGUUAUAAGAACAAUACCGCGGUAAAAGAGGCAGUUAUAUCCCUAAAACAAACCAAACCAUCUUUCCUCUUAGGCUGUGCAAUGAAUUUCCGGAUCCUACAAAGUGAAGGGUACAGAAAAUGGUUUGCGUCACGGUUUGCAAUCACGUCAUUCACCAAUGAAAUGAAAUGGUAUACAACAGAGGAAGUACGUGGUCAGGAGAACUACACGGCAGCCGACUCAAUGCUGAAAUUUGCAGAAGAGAAUGGGAUAUUGGUUAGAGGUCAUACAGUGUUAUGGGACGACCCAAAGAUGCAACCCAGUUGGGUGAAAAAUAUAAAAGAUCCUGAUGAUGUCAUGAAUGUGACACUGAACCGGAUAAAUUCGGUUAUGAAGAGGUACAAAGGUAAGUUAACCGGGUGGGAUGUGGUUAAUGAGAAUUUGCAUUGGGAUUACUUUGAGAAAAUGCUUGGUGUAAACGCUUCGUCAAGAUUCUACAAUAUUGCUUAUAAGCUAGAUCCUGAUGUGACAUUAUUUGUUAACGAGUACAACACGAUUGAGAACCCUGGAGAGGUUACUGCGACGCCGGUUAAGGUGAAGGACAAGAUGGAGGAGAUACUUGCGUACCAAGGAAACGAAAACAUUAAAGGAGCAAUUGGAGCUCAGGGUCACUUUAGUCCAACUCAGCCUAACUUAGCUUACAUGAGAUCUGCAUUGGAUACUUUAGGCUCACUAGGUUUGCCUAUAUGGAUUACAGAGCUUGAUAUGCCUAAAUGCCCUAAUCAGACGAAAUACAUAGAAGAGAUUCUCAGGGAAGCUUACUCGCAUCCUGCGGUGGAAGGCAUCAUAAUAUUUGCAGGACCUGAGGUGUCUGGUUUUGACAAGCUGACCCUCGCGGACAAGGACUUCAACAACACAGAGACAGGAGAUGUAAUUGACAAGUUGCUCAAGGAGUGGCACCAAAAACCUUCAGAGAUUCCAAAUAUUUUCACGGUGGACCACGAGAACGAAGAGGAAGAUGUGUCAUUGUUGCAUGGACUUUACAACGUGAAUGUAAGUCAUCCACAGAUAAAGAACUUGUCCACCAGUUUGUGCUUGGAGGUAACUAAGGAGAUGGGUCACCGUCAGGUGGUUAGAGUUGUGAUUAAUGCUUAAAAUUAUAAUUAUCUACAAGAUUAUCAUAAUGAAAUAAUACUUGAAAAAUCA